CGGAGCGAAGAGGUGGCCCGGAGCGAAGAGGUGGCCCGGAGCGAAGAGGUGACCCAGAGCGAAGAGGUGGCCCUAAGCGAAGAGGUGGCCCAGAGUAAGGCAAUGGCGGCAGCUGGACUCAGCGUGACCGUCACCCACAGCAAUGAGAAACAUGACCUUCAUGUUACCCCACAACAGGGCAGUAGUGAACCAGUUGUCCAAGAUCUGGCCCAGGUUGUUGAAGAGGCCACAGGGGUCCCACUACCUUUUCAGAAACUCAUAUUUAAGGGAAAAUCUCUGAAGGAAAUGGAGAAGCCACUGUCUGCACUUGGAAUACAAAAUGGUUGCCGGGUCAUGUUAAUUGGGAAGAAGAACAGUCCAGAGGAAGAAGCUGAACUAAAGAAGUUGAAAGAUUUGGAGAAGUCUGUGGAGAGGAUAGCUGACCAACUGGAAGAGUUGAAUAAAGAGCUUACUGGAAUCCAGCAGGGUUUUCUGGCCAAGGAUUUGCAAGCUGAAGCCCUCUGCAAACUUGAUAGGAAAGUAAAAGCCACAAUCGAGCAGUUUAUGAAGAUCUUGGAGGAGAUUGACACACUAAUUCUGCCAGAAAAUUUCAAAGACAGUAGACUGAAAAGGAAGGGUUUGGUGAAAAGGGUUCAGGCAUUCCUAGCUGAGUGCGACACAGUGGAGCAGAACAUCUGCCAGGAGACAGAGCGGCUGCAGUCCACUAACUUGGCCCUGGCCGAAUGAGGGCUGCUGUGAAGAUGCGGUGAUAGAUGGGAAAAUAUUUUGCACAGUAUGAAAU